AUGAACUUCCUAGCCAAGACAAUCAAUUCGACGAUUGGAACCCUAACAGGAAGUUUGAUUCCGUACAAUAUAGGCACUAGAAUUGUUCCUGAUAUAUUUAGCGAACCAACAAAAUCAAAAUCGAUUUGGAACAUUUAUGACGGAACUUCGCAAAGAGAUACGUCGCAAGAAGUCUCCAUAUUUGAGUUCAACCUGAAAUGCCCUGGUGCAAGUAAAUAUUCUCCAUUGGCGAAAAACUGUUUUCGCAAGUUGAGAUCUUUGAGCUUACUGCCAGGAGUUUUGAACAUUUUGGACACUAUCGAAACUGACUCAGUUUUAUAUAUUAUUACUGAAAGAAUCAAGCCACUUGAAGACAUUCUUAAACAUCAUUAUUCAGACUCGUCAAUACCAGGGGAAUUCUUAGUUCUGGGUAUAUUCCAAUUAACUGAAGCUUUAAAAUUUUUGAAUGUUGAGGGAUCUUCAAUUCACCGUGCAUUGUCAAUGCACUCAAUUUUUGUUAAUGCAUCCGGCGAAUGGAAGCUUGGAUGUUUUGAAUUGACUUUGAGUAUCAAGGACAAUGAUGUGGACACUUUUGAGUUGGCAGAGAACUUACCAUACUACAAUUCCAGUAUCUAUCCGCCUGAAGUUAUCAAAGCUGGAGCAGCAUAUUUUCGAAAUAUCAAUACACUUAAAGCUUCCAAAAUUGACUCGUAUGGGCUUGGCAUAGUCAUUAAUUCCCUUUUGAGCGAAGCGUCAUCUGGUUCGAAUUUGGAUAAACUCAAGAUGUCGCUCGAACUACGGUCAAUUGCUCCUCAUGUCAAGAAACUCCUUCAUCAAUCUCCUUCAAUUCGCUACUCCGUUGAGCAGUUUCUAAAAGCUGGUUGCAAUUCCUUUUUCAACAUAUCGCUCGUCAAAGUGUACAAAGAAAUAACAGAAUUAAAUCUGAAAUCCGAUGCACAAAAAUACGAGAUUUUCCAAUCUCUCGACGAACUUGAACAUCUUCCAACAGGCUUUUUUGAGUAUCGGGUGCUCCCACAGUUGGUAAGUGCAUUUCAAGUUUUAGCCAAUAACGAUGGUAACCAACAGUCAGCACUUUUAAUAUUGAUUUUGAAACGAGCUGGGAAGUUGGAUUCGGGCGUCUUCGCUACCCAAAUCAAACCAUUGGUGCUUAAAGCAUUUUCUCUACCUGAUAGAGCCAUCAGAAUGACCCUACUCAACUCUCUACCAUCUAUUGUUCAGAACUUGAGCCAGCAAGACGUUCAGGAUAAGAUAUUUCCAAAUCUACUACAAGGAUUCAAUGACACUAAUUCAUCCAUCCGCGAAGCAACGAUCAAAUCGAUCAUCCCAAUUGUUUCCAAAAUAUCUGAUAGGCAGCUAAACAACGAUUUACUGAGGAUUUUGGCCAAACUUCAAAGUGAUGUAACACCGGAAAUUCGAACCGAUACGAUUGUUUGCCUAGAAAAAAUCGCCCCCCUUAUCAACAGUACAUCGAAGACUGCAGUUUUGGUGACAGCGUACUCGAAGGCACUAAAGGAUCCUUUUGUCCCAUCGAGGUUGAACUCUGUUAUGGCAUUCGAAAGCUCUAUUGAAUAUUUCUCACCUGAAGUCUGCUGUUCAAAGAUUCUAUCCGCGAUAGCACCCGCGUUACUUGACAAAAGCUCCAAAGUCCGUUCAGAAGCUCGAAGAGUAUUCGAUUUGUAUAUGGUGAAAAUCAAUGAUGCUGCGACUAAACUUCCAACUGAUAAUCAAGAAACCAUUGAUAAAGAGAGUCAAGAGUCCGCUGAUUUGCUCUCGAGGUUGAACACGUUAUCACUGUCUAAUAUUGGAUUCAAAAACACCCAAUCAUUUUUCGGUUUGAAUACGCAAAGUCAGAACUCCUCCAAUACGAAUUUAGAUAUUAGCAGUGAUUGCCCAUUACCCGAGCCUUCGCAAGUUGGAUACGAGGACUCGGUUUCACCUGCUAACGAAGAGAAAGAGUUGAAUAUAGACACAGACAACUGGGAUUCUAUUGAUAGUCUGGGCCCGACAUCAAAUUUGAAACAAAAGGUACGAGUCGUUGGCGUUAAUGGCGGGAGACCAAGCUCGGGAUCAAAGUUUACCGAUAAGGGUAGAACUCCAAGCUUAAAAACGGGUCUCCCGAAACCAACUAAGUCUCUCAAAUUACAAUCGAAGUCAAAGCUUCAACUAGAUUUAGAUGUGGAUGAAGAGGGGUGGGGUGAUGGCUGGUGA